GGCCCCGUGGCUCCUAUGCCCCGGUGUCCCCCUCAUCCCACACUCAGAGCUGCGACCGUUCAUGUGCAGCAGCAGCAGCAGCAAGCUCAGCUCCUGCAACUCGCAUCACUGCCGGGACCGUGCACCGUCUCCUCCAGCGAUGAAACCCCACGCGUCCCGAGCGUGCGCGCCCAAAGUCGCGACGCCGCCGCUGCUGCUGCUGCUGUUGCUGCUGCUUGGAGUCACCGGUUGCUGGGGCCAGGGAGAGGUGGACAACAGCGAGGGCGACGGGAGCACGCCGGGGGGUGACGCGGCCGAGCCCGCCGUGAAGGUCCGGCUCGCCGGACCGACCCGGCGCUUCUUCGAGGGGCGCGUUGAGGUCUACUUCAACGGCGAGUGGGGCACGGUGUGCGACGACGACUUCAACCUGCAGUCGGCCAACGUGGUGUGCCGCGAGAUGGGCUUCACCGGGGCCAACACGUGGGCCCACAGCGCCAAGUUCGGCCAGGGCUCAGGACCAAUUCUGUUGGACAACAUUUACUGCAAUGGAGAAGAGCGAUCACUCAUCCAGUGUCAGUCCAAUGGCUGGGGAGUCCACGACUGCAAGCACUCGGAGGACGUGAGCGUCAUUUGUCUGGAGAAGAGGCUGCCGGGAUUCGAGGGACACGAAGACAUCAGCAACAUCAUCGAGAUGCUGCCGGGCGAGCGGCUCUUCACGGAGGUGCGCCUCAAGCCCGUGCUGAGGAACGGGGCGAAGCGCGUGCCGGUCACCGAGGGCGUGGUGGAGGUGAAGCACGGCGGGCGGUGGAGCCGCGUGUGCAACGCCGGCUGGGCCGAGGAGGAGGCGCGCGUCGUGUGCGGCAUGCUGGGCUUCCCGAGCCACCGCGGAUUCGACGCGCAACCCUACCGAUCGCACCUGAAGAAGAGGACGCACGGCUACUGGAUGCGGGACGUGAACUGCACGGGGAACGAAGUACACCUGGCCACGUGCCGCUUCCGCACGGUGCCGGCGCGGAACAACGUGACGGGCUGCCGGGACGGAGGCCCCGCCGUCGUCAGCUGCGUCCCGGGGCCCGGAUACGCGCACAGCCACAACUCGGGCUUCAGGAAGGCCUACCGCAGCGAGCAACCGCUCGUGAGGCUGAAGGGCGGCGCGCAGAUGGGCGAAGGCCGCGUGGAGGUGCUCAAGAACGGCGAGUGGGGCACGGUGUGCGACGAGCGCUGGAACCUGGUGGCGUCGAGCGUCGUGUGCCGCGAGCUGGGAUUCGGAGCCGCACAGGAGGCAGUGCCCGGCGCGCGCUUCGGACAAGGCACGGGGCCCGUGCACAUGACGCAGGUGGUGUGCAAGGGCGUGGAGAAGUCCCUCACCGACUGCAAGUUCAGCGAGGUCGGGGGCAACUCGUGCAGCCACCGCGAGGACGCGGCCGUGCGCUGCCACGUGCCGGCCAUGGGCUUCGAGACACGGAUCCGCUUAACGGGCGGACGCAACGAGUGGGAGGGCCGGCUCGAGGUGAGGCGAUCCAAAAGGUGGGGCACGGUUUGCGGCGACGGGUGGACGACGCUGGAGGCCAUGGUGGCCUGUCGUCAGCUGGGCCUGGGCUUUGCUGUGCAUGCGCUCACGGAGACGUGGUACUUCCAGGGCGACAGCGGCGUGGAGGAGGUGCUCAUGAGCGGCGUGCAGUGCUCGGGAACCGAGAUGUCGUUGGCUCACUGCCGCCACCACGGCAGCCGCGUCAAAUGCAAGAGAGGUGGCGGCCGCUACGCCGCCGGCGUCGUCUGCACCGAGAGUGCCCCGGACCUGGUGCUGAACGCGCGCAUCGUGCAGGAGUCGGCCUACCUGGAGGACCGCCCGCUGCACCUGCUGUACUGCGCCGCCGAGGAGAACUGCCUGUCGGCGAGUGCCUCUGCCAUGAACUGGCCGUACGGCUCGCGGCGCCUCCUGCGCUUCUCCUCGCAGAUCCACAACGUCGGACGCACCGACUUCAGGCCCAAGGCCGGCAGCCACGCGUGGGUCUGGCAUCAGUGUCACAGGCAUUACCACAGUAUGGAGGUGUUCACCCACUACGACUUGCUCACGCUCAACGGCACGAAGGUGGCGGAGGGACACAAAGCCAGCUUCUGCCUGGAGGACACGUCGUGCGAGCCAGGUGUGCAGAAGCGCUACGAGUGUGCGAACUUUGGAGACCAGGGAAUUGCAGUCGGCUGCCAAGACAUCUACCGCCAUGACAUCGACUGCCAGUGGGUCGACGUGACGGAUGUGGCACCCGGAGACUACAUCUUCCAGGUUGUCAUAAACCCCAACUACGAGGUCUCGGAAACUGACUUCACCAACAACGCCAUGAAGUGCAACUGCAAAUACGACGGACACCGCGUGUGGAUGUACAACUGUCACAAUGGCGAUGCCUUCAGUGCGGAAGUGGAGAAGCUGUUUGACCUGUAUCCGGGAGAAAACAACCUCAUCUCAUAACGCCACUCCACCACCGUCAACAGAUUCGUGGUCUUUAAGCCACGCAACAAUCCCCCCCCCCCCCUAACUCAGAGCCUUCACAUCAUUGUCCCAUGUACGGACGUACUUUUCAAAUGAAGGCUCUUCUUUACCCUCUGGUGACAUGUCUUAACACUACGGUGCCCGCACGUCAGUUCAAGUUUAUCCAUAGUUUAUGCCACCAGCUUCGAGCUGGCACUUUCCAUUAGGACUGCAUAUGGAGGUGGCAGGAAGGGGAGAGAAGAGACACAUUUGAAUGUUGUUUCCUUACAACAUGGUGGCACCAAGGUUACUGCAAUAACGGCAGAGCUUUUUUUUUUAUUUCACUACGUUGUUAUAAAACGUACUUUGGCAUAUGCUGCUCGAAAAUAAAGUAAAUUAAAUCUAAUGCUGCAUUCCAUUGAAUCAAAGACAUGCAGCUGGGAUACCUCUGCUGAUAGACUCGGAGAGCACGGGGAAGGACAAAGGGGCCUUGGUUUACUUUCCAUCACCAGUUUGGAUUGUUGUUUCCUAUUUAGACAUCAUAUGACGACCGCUCUAUUUUAAAUCGGGCCAGCGAUCAUGGUAAUUGCUGUGUAUAGUUUAAUGUAUGCAGGUAGUACUUGAGGAAAUCUCGCCACGGUGGUGAGAUGUCAACGACCUCGCCUGGUAUACAGCAGGUCGCGGGUUCGAUCCCGACCCUGACGACUGUCGUAUAUUUGGAGCUUGCAUAUUCUCUCCCCGUGUUUGCGUGGAUUUUUCUCCGUCUCCGCUGGUUUUCCCCUCCACAUUUAGAAACGUGUUUAUAGUAUUUGGCUGCUAUAAAUUUCCACGUGAUAAGCCACUUGGUUGAGCUACGAUUGUAGCCAGGUCGCUUUUGAAAAAAAUAACUAUAUAGCUAAGUGGGCCUUACCUGGUAAAAUAAAAAUAGUGUUUAAUUAAUAUAUACAGUAUUCAAAGUUAUCUUCGCUGUGCAACAUCUAAAAAAGGUUAAUACAAUCAAAUCACAGCAUCAGAACCAAUAAAAAUACACAGAAGCACUUAAUAAAAAAAGCUCCAUAAACUCUAACUUUUCAUAACUUAGAGAUUAGAUUUAAAAGCAAUCUCUACAGACAAAUCAUCUCGGAUAGUAUUUUUCAUCUGGGGUAUUCAACACCCACUGACCAGCGUGGUGAAGUAUGGUCAAACAAUACCCAACGGUACGGGGAGGCCUUCAUCCAGCAGGCAAAAGGCUGCCAAUUAUUCUGGGAAGAAAGGAAACCAAAUUUGACAUUCGUCUUGGCUGCACAAAGUUUCACAGGGCACUUUAUGAUAUUGAUUUUGAUAAUAAUAAUAGUUCAAUUUAUAACGCGCGCAAAUUUGCAGACGUAGUGGCCGCAACUCAGAGGCGCGGAGCCAAGCUCAGAGUCGCUCAAAAGCAUGAUUGUAGAGGUGAGUUUUUAAGUGUCUCUUGAUUGGUUGCACUCCAGUCUCAUUGAAGGUGCUCUUGAUGGCUGCUGUUGUGCUUCUCUGCAUUUGUAUAGGCCCUGAUCGUCCUCCCUUCACAUGCCCGAACUACAUACUUAGCGUGCCUCCAUACAGUAGGCUGCGGUUAAUUCCAUCACUUCCUUACCCUUCUCUUUUGACUCUUAGAUGUAUACAGCAAAGAAAAAAAAACCUUCCAAACCUCUUAUUCUCUCAUAUUGUACGCAUUUAUAUCUGUCUUUUCUUACAAGUUUAGCAAUCUGGUGCUAUGAGCUCCUCAGUUUUACGAGGAAUGCUUUGCCAUAAGUAACGUUACUGUAUUGAUAUUAUUUACAGUUUACUUGAAGUUAAGGUUAACAAUGGUAUGAUUGUGGGCACGUUAUUUUGGUGCGUUUAAAUAAAAAAAAGAUCUUUAUUUUGCUGUGGUGAUUGAAUAUGCCACUUAAAUGCCUCACAACUUCAUGAAAACAAAUGUCAUGAAUUAAAAUGUCAUUGUUUUCAUAAUUGUUUCCUGGAUUUUAUGCAAUCUGUCGUUUCAUUUAUAAAUCAGGAAAUAUAUUAAACCUUUGCUCAUAAGGAAGUCAUGAAAUACUUAAACCAUUAUCAUUGUUGUUGAGGGACUUCAGUGUCCAAUAUAAGUAUUUAAUACAUGUGUAACUAAAUUAAGAAUAAAAUGUAUACACUAUAUGCGUAUACAAGUCUUGAGAGCAGUAAAGCUUUACCCAACUCUGUUCUAUUUACAGGUUACAGCUACGAAGUAAAAAAAAAAUACAAGUUGGGGUAUACCAGCAUUUCAUUAAUAAAAACUAGAUAUUUCAGCUAUAAUUAGGAGAUUGUAAAAAGGUAAAGGCACAGUCCUGCAAUAUCUCGCUCACGCCACUGCUGGCAGAAGGGCCUCCACUAGAGGGAGCUCAAGAGAGCCUCUCCCGAGGGAAUUUGGCCUACUCUUCCACACGAGCCAGAUGUCUUGCAAGAGGUGGGAGUACCCACUCUUUCCCUCGUCAUCCACAACAUGCCAAUCGACGCACUGUGGCGUGCCCUAGUAUAGACUGCUGGGUUGACAGAGGCGUGGGAUUUUAAGAAACGUGUCAAUUGUUGCAACUGCCGCACCGGGAGAUAGCAUCGAACAGGCGAUGUCUGAAGUUCAAGUCUAGAGCGCAGCAUCCUGGAAUGUGGGGAAUUUGCCUAUGACCAAAUCACCCAGAAUACCGCCAAUCCCAUCAGAUCUCAGCAGGGCCUAACCUGGAUAGUGCUUUGUUGGGUGAUCACAACGCACAAACAGGUUGGCAUUGGACUGUGGGGCUACAUUGUGGAUCACAGGAACCAAUGCAACAAAAGCCAGUUGUACUACAGUACAUCUACACUCCCACCUCUCUGUUACCCACAUUGACCGACUCGCACCGACUGACCAGCUCGGUGAAGCGUGGGAGGCCCUCAUCCAGCAGUGGAUUGACACGUACAAGGAUAUUGUGUUAUCAUCAGCAUUAUAUUUCUCCAUGGUCGCUACAGCUUGGCACAGGACCAAGACACAAUAAGGGACGAGAAGGACAGUUAUGUAUAGAGCUCCAUUUCCUAUUGGGCCCAAAGGAUAGCUCUCUGAUGUGUUUUUGGCUUGUAGCCUCUGGUUGCCGUUGUCACUUUUUCCACAGAGUAAACCUGGACAUAUUUCUCCAUCAAAAUUGUGCAGUAAAUCGUAAUAAAGUUGAACACAAUACCACCAGAUCUCAGCACAAAUCAAUUCUUGCCACCCAAGCACAGAUGCCAAUUCUUGAACUGUCCGGGUCAAACCCGGUCAAACCCAGACAGGUGGCCACCCUAGUUGUACCACGUGUUGCUUGGCAUGAUGUCCGACGUUAUGCUCCACCUUGCUUCAUUCGGAACUCAAUGGCUCCCAGCACAUGGAGCGAAACUUCAGACAUAAUGCCUCAGUCGCAGUCCAACCCUAAAACACAUCGGAGUGCAAUGUCGCAUAAACGCGAAAACCUACGCACGUAGUAAGAUCCGAAGGAUCAACCAGAUUCUGGAGAAAUGAAAAUUUGCAUUUUCGAAGCUUGGGUGGAGGAGGAUGACACUGAGGUUCGGAUUGAGCCAUGUGAAUCAGAGUUGUAGAUCAAUGAUCGUGGAGCUGUGCGCGAUAUGAAAUACAGUGCUGUAUAUUGAACAUGUGAAAUGUACACAAUGUAUGUGUCUUUGUGUAUCGAGACCAAAAGUGGGCAAGUAUACAAUGUGGGAGUAGUCUGCAUGUGUUCGUUUGUAUAUUGUGUGCGUAUGUAUAUUAUGUACUUCUAGAUUUGAAGCUUUCGUGACUGCAAGGAAUCAUAUUCUUAGGUUUUUUUCGGUAAAGUCACGUAGGUGAAACAUUUAAAUUCAAAAUCAUAAAAGUAUAAUAAAAAGAAACGUCGUGAUUUUUAUUUUAUUUUUAUUUUACUUUUAUUAAUUUUAAUUUUUCACCUACGUGACUUUACCGAAAAAAACCUAAGAAUAUUAUGUACUUGUUUAUAUAUCUGACGCCCCCCAUAGCGAGAAACUCUCUUCCCCCGGCCAUGCGUACCAUCGACUCGCUAUCCCUGAAGUCCAGGCUCAAGACCUUGAUCAUUUUCCUCUGCUUGUGACGGACUUGCUUUACUAUACAUAAUAAAUGACUCCUUUCCCCUGGUUGUCCA